CCCGCACCCCGCUUCUGCUCUUCACAAGAGCUGGAUUCAGCCUCCUGGUAAGUGAUAUCUAAAUCACUGCUGCAAGAGGAGAAUGAAAUAUAGGUGUGUGAGAAGAGGCAAAGGAGGGGAGUGAAUAAGAAAAACUCACAAAGCAAGAAGAAAUCCCUGCAGUGUGCAGGUGAAAAAGGGGAGGACGACGCAGGGUCUCGACGAGUUCCAGGAGAGCCCGAGUGGAUCCGAGCGCCAUUCCCAGCCGGCUGCUGCUGCUGCAGCAGGGGAAUUGUCCAGAGAUGACAAUGCUGAAGCUUUUUGGAACCAUCUUUUUCUGUGGCCUCCUCUCACCCUCUCAGGAAGUCUUGUCUGGUCUGUCCUGUGCUGUCAGCCCAGGGGCAAUGCAGAAAGUUCUCUCGGAUGCCGUACUGCAGAAUGGGCUCCUCCAGCAGCACCUGCAGGGCCUCGUGCUCCCAAACAUCAUGGGUGAAGGGGGUCUGCUGAACUCUCCCACCAGCAUCACGGGCCUGCACCUCGUCCAGGUCCGGCUGCCCAAGCUGUCAGUGGUGCUGCUGCCAGGAAUCGGGGUCCAGCUCAGCAUCGCUGCAAAGCUGGAGCUCAGCGGCAACUGCUUGGUUGGCCUCCUUUCAGAACUAAUUGAUAUCUUGGUGGAUGUGAACAUUACUGCAAACAUUAAAUGCACGAAUUUUGAAUCGGGCACAGUGCAGGUCGUCAUUGAAGACUGCCUCUGCAUCCUCGGUGCCAUAAAGAUCAAGCUUCUCUCUGGCUUACUCUCCCUAUCAGUGAAUGAGAUAGUGCUCAAACAGCUGACAGCCACUCUGCCCGGUUUGCUGUGUCCAGUAGUUGAUAUCGUGGUGAACCUGGUGAACAUCCAGCUCCUGGGCACUCUCAAUGCGGUGAUCCCAGUCGGCACGGCAGGAACCAUUCACUACCAGCUGGCCAGCCUCCCCUUCACCUCCGGCUCGUUUCUCGGCCUGGACUUAGACGGUGCGGUGAAGCAGGUGGGAGGCAGCAUCAUCCCCCAUGACUCGUCCCCCUCUGCUUUGCCUCCGCUGCUGGACAAGCUUCUGGUGCUGGGACUGCGCCAGAGCUUCCUCAAUGCGGUCCUGUCCCUCCUGGUCCAGAUACCGCCGCAGACCUUCACCUGCACCCCUGAAGUGUUCUCCAGUGCUGGCAACCUACAGAAAGCCAUCACGACCCUGCUUCCCACUGGGUGCUCCGCCUGCCGUGGGACCAGCCCUCUGAGCGUUAGGCUAACGCUGUCUGGGAGACCGCUCAUCCUCUUGGAAGAUAACAAAGCCACCGUCGAGCUUUCAGUGCUGAUUCAGGUGUUUGUUAAGCGUUCAGAUGGACCCAUCCUCAACGUCCUGCUGCUGAAGGCUGACCUCAGUCUAAAUGUCCAUGUGUCGAUUGCUGGUGGCCGGCUGGUGCUGGGGCUGUCCCUGGGCAGCACUUCCCUCUCCUUGGAGUCGUCUGAUGUUGGCAUCAGUAACAUCUCGAACCUGAAGCCCCACUGCAGCAGCCUGCUGGCAGAGACGUUAGUGCCCCUCAUUAAUGGUGCUCUCGGCAUCGGGAUCCCUCUGCCAAACGUGCUGGGCAUUCCCCUAAUAAAGGUGGAUAUCCGGAUCUUAGCGGGCCUGCUGGUGAUCCUCGUGUGAGCUGGGGAGAAAAAGACACUAAGCGGUCUUUCUGGGCAGAGGAAGAAGAAAGACCAGCGCAGAUGGAACACCAAGACCAGCAUUAUCUGCUUUUUUUCUCUAAACUUCAUUCAAGAUUCUUGAUAACAUUUAAGACACUUUAAAGUUAAUUGGCUUGUGAGUACUGAGGUGCUCCCAUGAGCCAAAACCCCCAUAGGCAGCUCUGUGUACAGAUAUUUAUUUAGAGGAAUCAGCAAGAUUUGGGGUCACAGUUCCAGCAGUGGUGUGUGAUGCUGCAGCAGAGGUGUUAAAUUUGUCCUGGGGGAAAAUUGUUCGUGAUAUAAUGAAAGGGAAUUUGCUGCAUGUGGCUUUCUGAGGAAAUGUCACCAUCCCCGUUUGGAAGGAAGCACUUGUCAUGUAACUCCUAAUAAACAUUCCUACUUUUGUAGUGCUUGGAA